UGCCAAAAGGAAUGUUGGCCUCUCAAGUUCCUAGAUUUCCUUUUAUUCUCUCGCUCACAAUAGUCCCAAGGGGAGGGAACAACCCCCCCUCCUCCCAAUCAGUAUCUUCCCUCCAAUUUGUUUAAUUUGUCACAGAAAUUCUCACACUUCCCAAGCAAGUGCUUUAACUGCCCCCACUACAAGUCUAUAAGAAAAAUCUUUGUCCUCAAACUUUCAAUUUUUAAUUUAAUUUAUAAGAAUUAGGCAAUUAGCUUUAUUCUCUCCUCCAAAAAGCAUAAUUUUCUUCUUUUUUUUUUAACAGUGCCCGUUUUCUCUUUCUAGCCAAUUUCUAGCCAAAAUAGGUGGCAGGCAUGUUAACGCAACGGAAAGAACUCUGAGGGGAGGGAGAGCAACAAUAAAAGAGUUAAAACCCAUCAAUGAACUGAAUCUCCUGUUGAUUUUCAUUUAUGGGCAGCUCUGUUUUGGACUCUGCUGAUUCAAUGAGAGCAGAUAGAGGGAAAGCUUGGCUCCAUCUCUUGGUUCUGUUGUGCUCUUUAGCUUCGUCAGAUGCUCUUCUCUCUCCUAAGGGUGUCAACUUUGAAGUUCAAGCGUUGAUGGGCAUCAAGGCCUCUCUCAAGGAUCCUCAUGGUGUGCUUGAGAACUGGGAUCAUGACUCUGUUGAUCCUUGCAGUUGGGCUAUGAUCACUUGCUCUUCUGAAAAUUUUGUUACAGAGCUAGCAACUCCAAGCCAGAAUCUAUCUGGUACUCUGUCUCCAAGUAUUGGGAACUUGACAAACCUUGAGAAUGUUCUACUACAGAAUAAUAUGAUAUCAGGACCAAUACCACAUGAGAUUGGAAAACUCACAAAUCUCAAAACGCUUGAUCUCUCCAGUAACUUUCUCAGUGGUGAAAUCCCCUCCUCUAUUGGCAAUUUGAAAAACCUUGAAUACUUGAGACUUAACAAUAAUAGCCUCUCUGGGGCAUUUCCGUUUUCUCUGGCUGACAUAAAACCGCUAGCAUUUCUAGACCUGUCUUAUAAUAAUUUAAGUGGCCCUGUACCCAGAUUUCCAGCUAGGACAUUCAAGUAAGCUCUUUAAUUUUUACUGUUUUUUUUUUCAUUUCAGUUUUAGGAUUCGGAAGAAAUUUAUAUCAUUUUG